CUUACUCCCUCCCCCUUUCCCUCUCUCUCUCUCUCUCUCUGUGUCUCUGGCGUGUGCUCAGAUCUGCAGUGGUUUAUUCAGUCGUUCAGUCGGGUCGUGUUGCUGCUCUGCAUGCUUGCUGCAUGCACGUGUGUUUGCUCGCCCCGGCUGGUAUGCAUAGACUGGAAGGAGGCUGCAAAUGUGUCCUUAGGAGGAGAUGCGGUCUCGUGCAGCAACCCUGUGAGGCGGUUCUGCCCCGCGACGGCUCUGCUAGGACACUUCCUCUGUGGACCUCCGAGUGCGAGCGCUACUCUUAACAAAGCAACUUCUUGGGAAGUAGCAGCUUCUCCGUGGCUGAUUUCCUCCAGUCCAAGGACCAGCAGCUUUCUCUCAGCCUGAGGACAGCAGAUGAUUCAGCUACCGUGGGCACAGUGGUGGUGAGCCGGAUGAAGAUGGGUGAGAUCGAGGAUGGUGAGGUGGACCACUUUACCACCGACAUGCACCGGAAGUGCACGCUGGUGUACGAGUCGUCACAUGGAAGGAUUAAUGACAAAGAUAACGGACCAAUAAUGAAUGCUGUGUUUAAGAACGCGGUGUGUAAGGUGUACAGGUUUCAGACGGUGGACAGUAAAUGGAUGUUGGUUCGGGAACAGAUGGCGGAGUGUACGCUGUCCUUCAGCAUCCCGAAGCAGCUCAUCGCCCUCUACAUUCAGGAGGAUACCUGCAGGAUACAAGAGCUGAAAGAUCUAGGAGAGCUCUCUCCACACUGGGACAAUCUGCGGAAGGACGUGAUCUCUCACUACGACCAGAUCAUCAAAGAAUACCAGGACACGCUGGUGGAGCUGGAGAAACUUACUGGCCCGUUGUUCAAGCCCAGCUGCAGCAAAGGCCAGAAAUAUCUGGAGUUCAUUCCCAUCAACCUGCACACACAGAGAAUGCGGGUGACGUGUCCAAGGAAAACAGAUUCCUUCUAUGAUGUGGUCACAGUAGGAGCUCCGGCAGCCCAUUCGCAAGGCUUCAAGAACGGAGGCUUGCAGAAACUGCUCAGCAAAUACGAAACCGAGAAGAAGAGCCACAGCACGGCGUAUCAGUGCAUUUACUAUCCUCCAGAACAGACGGCCAAGGCCCGCGAGAUCCUGUGUGUGGUGUCCCAGCUGCAGCCGCACAUCUCUGCGCUGGCCGACCAGCUGCUCCAGACGGCCCAGCAGAGCUCCAGCCAGCCUCUCCGAGACGUCCUCAAGAGCCUGGAGGAGAAGACGGAGCAGUUUGUUCACGCUCUGAAGGAUGAGCUGGUGAAGAGCGCCCUCCUGGCGCUGCACGCCGCUCGUCCUGGAUACAUCAGCAAAAGUCAGACUUCUGCUCCGUCCAGCCCACGCGAGGCCGACCCGCACCCCAGCGCCCCCGAGGAACCGCACAGCGUCUGUAACAAUGUGGACGGCUCUCAGACGCCGCCGAAAGAAAGCCGAGCGUCUCCCGUCCGCUCCGACUCCAUUCCGCACCACAAGGAGUACGACGAGGAGGAAUGGGACAGGGUCUGGGCCAGUGUGGCGAAGAGUUUGAACUGUGUCAUCGCCCUGGUGGAUAAACUACAGGAGCAAGACAACAACAACCUGGAAUCAGCACCCAGCCACACGCUCGCUGACGUCAUCACCUCACACAGUCCCGAUCCUCCCCUGACAGCUGCAGUUUGGCGGGAUCAGCUCGGCGUCCUGAUUCAGUCAUUGAAGGAGUGUGUGGCAGAAGUGGCGGAGAGAGCCAGGCGCUCCGUGAGCUUUGUCCUGCUCCAGGAGGCGGUGUGCAGCACGGCACAGGGCCUGCAGCUGCAGCAGAGACGGGACGCUGUCUUCAGCCAGGCACUGGCUGCGCUGGCAUGUGGAUUUGUCAUGCGAUUAUACGCAGGUUUGGAAGAUAAGGGCUUUCUCAGACAGCUGCACGCCGUCGGGCUGGUGGCCCAGUUUGAGAGCCUGCUGAGUACUUACAGUGAAGAAAUAGGGAUGCUGGAGGACAUGGAGGUGGGGAUCAGUGACCUGCACAGAGUGACCUUCAGGAUCACAGAGGCGGCGUCUGAGGAAGCAGUCAGCCUGCAGCCCACCGUCAGCGGUAGACGAGACCGUUACACUGUCGAGGUGCCUCUCCCACAUCAUGCCUUCCAAGCGCUCCCGGAUGAGCUGCGUGAGGGCAAGCCUCUGCGUGUGCUCCCCGUGCUCUUCAACGUGGGCAUAAAUGAGCAACAAACCAUCGCUGAGAGAUUUGGUGACAUAUCUUUACAGGAGAGAAUAAACCAGAAGAACUUUGAGAUUCUAGAAGGUUACUAUAAAUCCUUAACCAACACGGUGCCAUCUGAAUGCCUGCCGUGUUUUCAGACACAGACAGACAUUAAGGAACUGCUCAACACCCUCGGCCAGAAUGUAGUAACCAAGAAGAGAAAGAAUGUGGAGAUCCUGUGGCUUGCGGGAAUGAUCUGUCGACGGAUAAAUGGUAUCCGAUUCACCAGCUGUAAAAGUGCCAAAGACAGGACGUCCAUGUCAGUGACGCUGGAGCAGUGCUCUCUGCUGCGGGACGAGCACCAGCUCAAUAAAGAUUACUUUGUGCGAGCUCUGGACUGCAUGCGGAGCGGUCUCUUGGCCCAGGGAGAGGUUGCCCAAUGGGACGACCCUGAAGUGGGCUCCGUAGCUAUUAACAAGCCGGCGUCCCGCCACUUCUAUCCAAUCGCCCUUCUGCUUGUCAGCUCCCACCUGCUGGUGGUGUGGCUCAUUUUAAGUCUUGUUUUUUUGCUUGCAAAAUACCAAUAAACUGCUGAUUAUGCCAUAA